UACUUGGUUGGAGAAGUGCUUGAAUUUUGAAGUCUAAUAUCUAAUAUUUCAUUUGCAUUGGAAGAGAUUAUCGUGCUGGCUUUGUUGUGGUGCUUUGCAUGAUUUUCUUUUUGAGUUUAUGAGGAAAACUUUAGUAUGAAAUGCCCUAGAUUUGAGAUUAAGCUUUAUGUGAUGCUAAAUCAGCCACCGUCAACAGUUGUUAAAGAUGCUAUUUUUAGCACUUUUUUUUUACUCAAAUGGCUACAUUUUUUCGUUUGAUUAUGCACAAAAGUACAUUUAUAAGCUAAUACUUACCAUAGGAUUUUGCCACAAGAUGGCUGAAAGGGAAGGAUCAAAUAAAUUCUUCCAACACUGAACUAUGUAUGUCAUCAAUCAUCAUCACCAUCUCUUUGGAAGUAACCUUGGACACGCUGAAUCUUUUUCUUUCCUUUUCUUUCUUUCUUUUUUUGUGGCUUGUAAGAGAAAGAAGGAUAUUUGAUUCUGUUUUCUGUUUUGAUUUAGGAUUUUGUUUGAAUCAAUGUAAUCUUUUAGAUGAUUAGGGCACUAUAAAUAUGUGCUAAAACUCUUCAUUGGUACGACCUCUGGCAUUGAAUAAUAUGAAGAGCUUUCAAUUAUUUUCUCCUACCUCAUAUUCUUUCGACCACUUCUCCCACCCUUUCUCUCCUUCCCUUGUUUUUCGGCGUUCUACAUCAUCCUCCCCUUUGUGCCAAAAUUUAAUCUUCAUUGCCAGCAACGCGCUCAAGUACCAAGAUUUGGCAGUUGGGAAAAUGAAGAUAAUGUUCCUUAUACAGCUUAUUUUGAGAAGGCACGAAAAGAUCGAACUGGCUCAAGGAUGAAUCCAAAUGUUCCUGAGCGGAAUCCAGAUUCAGUUCAUGAUAAUUCAUCUUCUUCUGAUCUCCCACCUACUGAACCCAUGGUUAAUUCAGAGGAUGAAAAUGGAAAAGGAUCAGUGAGAUCAACACUUGAAUUACAAAAGAGCACGGAUGAUGUUGCUCCUAAGCCUUCUACUGAUUUUCCAGCUCGUCAUGACAGUAUGGGUGAUAGAAGUGGCAAUGAUUCAACACAUCGUCAGGGAGUUGGUUCUGCUGACACUCGUCAGAAAUUUGCAAAACAAGGUACUGGGUCUGAGUAUAUUAUUGAACGCUCACCCCUUCAUCGCUUGGUGAAGACCCCAGGCAGAGAUAGUCCCUCUUGGGAAGGAAAGAAUUCCUACGACAGCAGCCAUGGUACACCAGGAAGAUCCCGACUCAGAACACCUCAUCGAGGCGAUGAAUCUCCUGACAAAGCUGCUGCUGUUCCCAAAUUUGGCGAGUGGGAUGAAAAUGACCCUGCAUCAGCUGAUGGUUAUACUCAACUUUUCAACAAAGUGAAGGAGGAGAGAGCUGGUGGCGGACAAGCGCCCGGCACACCCACUCAGAGACCAUAUAUUGUCCGGAACCAAGAUAUUAAAGACAAAGCAAAGAGUUGGUGCUUUGGCUGGUGCAAAUAAAGAUUUCUAGAAAGAGAUGAAUUGGAUUCUGAGCAGAAAGAGAGAUAAAAAGUAUUCUUGUGAUUGAUCAUGAGGUCUGUGGAGCACUUGUAAAUAUUCAAGGACGAAGGAUCUCAUGCUGCGGCAAAACAUCAAUGAAAUGCAUUGAUGGUAACUACUUUGUGAGACCAAACUGAAACCUGAUGCGAUUAUCAAGACCAAAAUAUACUUAAUAUAUAUAUAUAUAUAUAUAUAUAUAUAUUAUGAUUUGUUGAACAAAGGCACUUACCAAGAUUAUGGUUUUUAUUUCGUUUUCUUUUUAGCAAUUUGUUGUGUCAUUGCGUGCUUCGAGUUUCAACUUAAUAUUUAUUUAGCUGGAAUCUUAAACCAUUUUGAUUAUAUAAUUCUUUCCUAAUGAAUGGGUGGGUUGUUAAAUGGA